UAGAGUCGAGAUAGAGUGAGAAUGGGGAAACUGGGUCGACCCCGUCCUGUCCCGGGAGAUGUCCUGGGAACCCCAUCCUGGGGGCCCGUCCUGGGAUAUCUGAGGUUACUUGACUUAACCCGAGGAGUGAAACUUGUAAGAAUUACGGUGAUGUGGAUAAAAGUAUUGGUUAAUGCAGUGUUAAUUUUGCUCAUAAGUGGAGAGCAAACUGAUAUUGUCAAUGUGGUCUUGGACGCCAGUCGAGUUGUUGGUCCUUUGCGACACUUCUGGGAAAGCACCGGAUUCUGUCCGCCAGACCCUCAUCAAGACUUCAGGAAAUUCAUCUUCACCAACGAUGAGCUACAGAACUUAGCUUACAUAGGUUCCGUGCCCAAUAAGGGUAUAAAGCAAGUGCGAAUUCACUGGUUAUUGGAUCUGGUUUCCAUGGUGCUGGACGUUGACCGACUUGUUUACAACUUUACAUACCUGGAUAAAGCAAUAAGCUUGCUUGUAGGGAAUGAUUUGAAGCCUGGAUUUGAACUGAUGGGAAAUCCAUCAAAUUUCUUUUCAGAUUUUGAUGAUACUGCACAAAUCUAUGCAUGGAGGGAUCUUAUAGCAAGUUUGGGAAAACAUAUCAUAGAGGUAUUUGGGCUAGAGGAAGUAUCCCAGUGGAACUUUGAAUCUUGGAAUGAACCACAGAAUAAACACCAUUUUGAUGGCCUCCAUGUUUCCAUCAAAGGAUACCUCAUGUAUUAUGAUGCUUGUUCUGAAGGACUCAAGAUGGCUCAUCCAUCUUUACAACUUGGAGGACCUGCCACAGGAUACCCAGACAGUCAUCCAAUAUUUUGGUCUCUGCUAGAGCACUGCAACAAUGGUACUAAUUUCUUCACUGGUGAGAGAGGGGUUAGACUUGAUUUUAUUUCUUUCCACAUCAAAGGCAAUGAACACUCUCUGACCAUUUUAAAUAACGAAACAGUGGUUCUAGAGGAAAUAGCUCACCUUGUUCCCAAAUACAAGACUUCACCAAUAUACAAUGAUGAAGGAGAUCCAUUAGUUGGUUGGAGCUUGGGUGAAGAGUGGAGAGCAGAUGCAACAUAUGCAGCCAUUGUAGUUAAGAUCUUGGCACAGCAUCAAGAAAUGUUCGUAAAAACGAAUUUCAGUGUUAGAUACAACCUCCUUAGUAAUGAUAAUGGAUUCAUCAGCUAUCCGCCAUACUACUUCCGUCAACGCACGUUAUUGGCUAGAUUCCAGAUGAACCACUCUAAUCCAAGGAAGGUAGAAUUUGUCAAGAAACCUGUUCUCAGUGUCAUGGGGUUUCUGGCACUGUUGGGUGAUGAACAGAUCAAGACUUCCAUAACACUUGAAAAUGGCGAUCAUGAUGAUUUUGGAGUAAUGGCCACUAUUAUUGAGCCUCUUGGAUUGUCUUCCACUAAUGACUGGGAACUGGCAGCUCUGCUUUACAACAGCGAUGAUACAUCAGGGAGAACUGCACUUUCACAAAUAAACAUAUCUGUUGUGAAUUUACCAUGGAGACAAGAUGUGGCAUUUGUUGUUUAUAGGCUGGAUAAUGGCAAUGGGAAUCCAUUUCGUUUGUGGAAGGAGAUGGGCUCUCCUGUAUUUCCCAGUGAUGAUCAACUUAGUGAACUCCGUCUUCAUCAGGAGCCUGUUAGAAGUCUGGAUCCCAGUAUUCUCUCUUCCGAUAUCUUAAAUAUUUUCCUGUCGCUCCCCCUGCCAGGAAUAAGUUUGUUGCAUGUCUGUGCAAAACCUGUGUCACCCCCUCAGAAGGUCGUAGGAGUUCGACUCAUUCGUGUAUCGUCAUAUGAAGUACUGGUGACUUGGGGGGACGUGCAGUCAAGAUGCCUUCUCUCCUAUCAAGUCCUGUAUUCCGUCAAAAGUUCCCAUGGACCAUUCAAGCGAGUGAAUAAAGUGGACAUCAUUUUUACAACCUUUCAUCAUCUGUUGUCUCGAGAAGAUAGGAAUUAUGUUCAAGGCUGGUAUUCCAUCGUGGCAGUGGAUUACUGGGGACGACACAGUCCAAGCUCGUUACCAGUCACAAUCAACUGGACAAGUUAAUCACAUGAUGCUAAGGAUGACAAAACUUUGAUUAUUCCCUGAGUCUUGUUUACAAAUUUAAUCGUAGAGAAAAAAAAAAAACUAUACAUAUACACACAUAUAUAGGCAAUUGUGGAAAACGAGGACGGACAACUUCGAGCGAAAAAAAUAUAUAUAUACAGUAAAAAAUCUAAGAAAUCUAAA